AUGACAUCUUAUGUAAAUAGAUUGAUUAUUAAACACAAGAUAAGGUAGUUUCUACGUAGCAUUUUAUCAUCCAUUUGUAGUUUAACUAGUUUAAUUUUUAUUGAGUGUAUAGGCAACUAGAAUGUAAUAAAAGAUAUCUACUUUUAUCUUUUGGCAAUAAAGACUAUUAUUAUUAUUAUUAUUAUUAUUAUUAUUAUUAUUAUUAUUAUUAUUAUUAUUAUAAGUUGAAAAUUAGACGCCUUGUCCUUGUCCGGUGCCAAGAUCGAGGUCAUUCGACUCUGAUUAAUUUUUGUCUGAUGAUCUGAUGUUUGUUUCGAGGUCUUUUCUUGCUUUUUCGAUCAUCCCUCGAUUGAUUCAACCAAGAAGAUGCCACAGCAUCUGUUUGAAAAGGAUGUUUUUUAAAAAUGUUUCGCCUCGAUCAAGCCUCUUAGCGCAUCGAGAAGGUCCUUUCAGCGGAUGUUACUGAGUAACAUCCCUUGAAUGGCCCCGGAUCAAAUGGCAUUCAUGAAGAAUAGCAAAUAAAACUGAAAUGAACCGCUGCCUCAUUUAACAUUUUUUUCAAAUAUUGGCAGGAAAAUAAAAAAUAGAGAAUUAUCCAUGUUUGUAAUGUCUGUCUCUGCCGAAUAUUAAAAUGAAUGCUUGCAACAACAACAACAACAACAACAACAACAACUUUAUUUGUACUCUACCUUGAUUUACAUAGAGUACAGGCUAGGGCAGCCUUACUUAGGUUAUUAAUAAAUGAUCAUAUUAAAAGUUAAGGUACCGCACACCACACACACCUACACAAAACAUCCACAAAAAAGUAGAAAAAGAAAGCUUAGUGUACCAGUAUUAAACAACGGAAAGCCAAAGCUCGCGCUAAGUUGUCUGAACAUUUAUAUUCUGUUUCAUCGGCUGAAGAAGCGGAAUUAGCCUACAAGCUAAUCGAAGAUUUUGAGACUCAAAAUACCGUUAAAUUUUCCUGCUACAAGGACUACAAGGCAAGCAAAGGCUUUGGAGGCACAGGGGAGUAGUAGCUAUAUUAUGAUACAAUGGCGGACCCAGACCUUCAGAUAAGGGAGGGGGGGCGGUCAUCAGACCCUGAGAUAAGGGGUGGGCCUGGUCUGCAAAAAAAUGGCACCACAUCACAUAUUAAUAACCACUAUUAGCUUAUAUAAUAAACAAUUUCAUCGUUAUUUUGGCUUAAAAAAUGCUUAAUUUUGUGUACUUUCGGUUAGAUAAUAUUUACUUCCGGUCAAAAUGGCGGCCAGUUUAAUUUUAACUCCAAAAACCAGUUUAACAGGAAAAAUAUGCGAUGGCACCAUAUCACAUAUUAAUAGUCAUAAUUAGUUCUGUCAUUCCUGAAAAUUUGGUGCUUUUAACAAAAAGUGAACAUUCCGGCCCCAAAUCUGCACAUAUCCGUCCCACUAUAUCAAGUUGGUGUCCGCCUUGACAAGCAAGGAUAUUCGAGGCGGGGCAAUGCGUGAAAAAUAUCAAAAUAGAGACUAAGGCUAUUAACAUUAUCAAUCUCAGCAGAGGCCUGAUUCAGCUCAGAGGCUAGGGCAAAUUAAGAACAAGGAACUUGCCAGUCAAAGCCUCUAGUGAACACUGCUGCUUACUGAAGGGGUUGUGUUAAAAUAGCCCCCUCCCUACCCCACUAAUUUUGCCCCCCAGCCCUGAUCCACCUACCCACUGUUAGGGCAGUCCCUGGGCUAUCCAGCUAAACGAGGGUCUCAAUGGGGUUAACCGAUAGGCGUAAAACGGCCAAAAAUUUAGUCGAUAGCCGUAAAAAUUGAGAAAUUUUAACCGUUAGCCGUAAACAGGGUAAAAAAGAGUUAACCGUAAAAUAAACUGUUCCCUAGAGUUGCUACUUUUAAGCCGGUACUUAACUCACUUAUGGUUGCGUUUUUUAUUUCCCGGCUAGUGUGAUUCCGUACGCACGUUAGGCGAAGCGCGUUUUAGGUGUUGACCAAGACCUAGGCUCCAUUUCCGCCACUCUCUCGAGGAACUAAUUUUUUCCAUAGGGAAAGUGUGGCUUCCUGCUGGGAACAAGAGCCAUAAUGGGACUCUUGCUGGGGAUUAAUAUUUGCGAUUUUCAGGAGGUCGUGCCUUCGAAACACUAGUGAAACAACACGCAGAGAUGUCACUGUUUGUAAAACACGUUGCCGAUAAACAACGUAUCCCUGUUUUUCUCUGACGUUACGGUAGACAUUGCCAUGCCUAGUCCCUGUGCGGCGUCUUCCCACGCAAUCUCGGUCAAGGCAUUUCGGUGGCGAACUCGCUAGGACCACGUGACCCGAGACGCAUUAGCCGCGCGGAAUAAUGUGGCCUACGGACAAGGCAACGGCAGACAGUCGUUCCGUACAGUCCUUAGCUAUCAUUAAAAACACUGGACACGGCAAUUUUGUUAUUAACCGGUUUCACGCUAGAGUUAGAAAUGGAUUAUCCGUCUGAGACUAGCUUGUGUACAGUCGCGCCCUCCCCACAGACACAGGUUAAUUAAUAAUUUAAUAUUUAA